AUGGUUCGCUUCUCCGUUGCCGCAGCCCUCUUCGCUGCCACAGCACUUGCCAUCCCAAGCCCCCUCACACCAGACCCUUCCGGAGCCAAGAACGUCGGCAACGGGAAGGGCGUCCAGUUCAUCGGCGGCGCUUGUCUGAACAGCAAAGACUGCGCCUCGACAUGCUGCGCAACACUGAACGGCGCAGGCAUCUGUUCCGGGCUCGGAGCCCAGUUCCAGGCGGGCAAGACAGGGUGCGGUUUCGGCGACGGCGGUGCCGCCGCAGCAGCCCCUGCCGCCUCGCCGUCCAUGGCGGCUGCAGCGGAUACCGGGAACAACAAUGCCGGCGGGGCAGCAACAGGCGCGGCGGGCUCUCAGAACGUCGGCAAGGGUAACGGGCAGCAGUUCAUCACCGGGCAGUGCCUGACGGACGCGGACUGCGCGUCGGGGUGCUGCGCGGGGCUGAACGGCAAAGGAGCCUGUUCCGCCCGGGCAGUCGCAAACGAGAAUGGCAAGACCGGUUGCGGGUUCGGCGGCGCCGGAGGUGCGGCCGGAGCGGGCACGGAUGCCGAGGCCGCCGCGCCGUCUACGCCAGCCCAAGCUGCCCCGGCUGCACCGGCCGCCCCGGCUACUGGCAACGCGGGCUCUGGGGCCGCGGCAGGCGACGCUCAGGGAGCGCCCGGAUCUCAGAACGUUGGAAAGGGCAACGGGCAGCAGUUCAUCACGGGCCAGUGCACUUCAGAUGCGGAUUGUGCCUCUGGAUGCUGCGCCGGUCCGAAGGGGGUUUGCUCUGCGAGGGCGGUUGCGACAGAGCAAGGGAAGACAGGAUGCGGCUUCACCGCGGCGUAA